GCUGAUAUAUCGAAGGAUGAAGAUCCUGAGAAGAGUUUGGAAAAAGUUUGUGACGAAAUAAAAAUUCCGAUAUACGUUCUUCCUUUCAAAAACAGAAUAAAAUAUAGUUGGAAGCGGUAUGUUCCUGCCAGCUUGCAAUCACCCAAAGGAAAACAGUGUACAUUUUAUAUCACCUUACUUCAGGUAGAAAUAGGGGGCCAUAUUUGGUUUGAGAGAAUCGUUCCAGUCAAAGGAUGUAAUUGCAGUAAUUUUUCGCCGGAAGUUGCAAAUUUACGAAAAGAAGAUCAGAGCUUAACUGGAAAACUUCACAUUGAUAGAGACAAAAGACAUGCCCCACUUGUCAGCUUUCUGACGGAUGAUCCGAAAAUGGAUUUAUUUACACAUGAGAAGCGACAGUAUCCACUUUUUACAAAGUUUUCUGAAACACGCUCGAUUCUGGAUCGACCAGAUAUGAGAGACAGAAUGAUUGAAGCUAAUGUUGAUAGCUUCUAUUCCCUGUAUAGAUGUUUCAGUAAGGAAAUCUUUGGAACCGAAAAUCAUUAUGAAUUGAUAAGGAAUGAGGUACUUUAUGAAAUACUUAGCAAUCCCAGUAUAUACGCUAAUUAUUUCCGCGAUCACCGGCAAUCACUUUAUAAGGAAGAAUUGGACGAGUUCUUGGAUAACAUUCGCUUUCCCAAACACUCAUUUCUUGACAAAUUAAAACCUCGAAGUAUACUAGAGAAAAACGAUGUCAUAUUUUUUUCGAAUCGCAUUGAAGAUGGUUUGGAAUUAGAAGAACUAGAGCUCUUUGCCAUUGCAACGUGCUUUCAAUGCAGCAUUUAUGUUGUAUCUAUUUCAAGGAAAGACACAGAAAAAGACGAAUUUUCAAGAUGGAGAAAAAUUGAAAAACUGCGGGUAAAACCUCAGCCUUUGGGUUUUGAAAAUAGGAUAUUUCAAAGUCGAUGUCAAAAUACAAUGGAACAUUAUGUUACUCUAUUCCAGACAUGUGCUGGUAUUUAUCACAGAGUCGUAGGGAAUAACGAGUCUAUCGUAUGCAAUUGUUUGCAAGAGCCACCAACAGUUCCUUCAAUGAUUAGAAGAGAUGAUUUUAUCAAGAGAAAAGAUUUUGACAUUGGAAUCAUUCGAGUUUAUCAGGAGAUUGACAGUCAACUUUACAAGACACAACAAAGAUUUGAAUUUUGGAUAAGAUGUAACGUAAUUUUCGAAAAGUUUUGCGCAGAUUCCAUCAAUCUUCUGGAAGGAAGAAGGAAGAAAAGCAAUAUUGCCAGUAUUACAGGGUCAUCUGUUGGUUUGAUGGGGGGUGCACUAGCAGUUGCAGGAAUUCUCGCUGCUCCAUUCACGGCGGGGGCAUCUUUUGGCCUUGUAGUAGCUGGCGGGGUAGUUUCUGGUCUCGGGAGUUUUACAUCUGUGAUUUCGAAACUCACAGAGUUAGGCUUAAAUAGAAAGGAAUCAAAUUUAUCCGAACGGCUACAAAUGAAUAUGAGAGAACACUCAAGACGUCUAGAAAAUGAAACACAGAAACUUGAAGAAAUUAUGGCAAGGUUGGAUGAAAUUAUAAAUUCGAGGAGAGGUAUUACAGAUAAUUUAUCAAAGGCAGAUUCCGUACGUUUGUCGGCCGUUUACCUGAGAUCUGUUAGUGGAUUAGCCUCAUUACCAAUAGCAGUAUUAAGAGCUUUAUCACGAGCUGUUGUCGCUGCAGAGGCCGUCUUUAUUCCAGUGUCUGUGUUACUAGAUGGUGUUAUUUUAGUGCUAGCGGCGCGAAACUUACACAAAGGGUCUAUUACUGGAAAAUCAAAGGAGCUUAGGGUAUUGCGAAACUUUCUAAAACUUACACGAAUUCAGAUGCAAAUUUGGGCAUUCGGUAGUGAUACCAGACAGUACAUGUACGAAUGCAAGGAUGCUGUUUGAUUCUCUCUUCGGCAUUGAAGAGUUGGGGCCAUUCAAAGAGGGUUUCUCCAAAAAAAAUGAAAUUUACUACCAUUAACGUUAAUGCAAAAUCCACAAUUUACGUUACUAUUCCGAACUUUUGGAGUGACGUUAGCAUAAACACACCUCGUCUAAU